AUGAUGACUGUUCAAAACGACUUGACCCAUCGGGGUUCAAAUGGUCAACAGCUUUCUCUCGAGGACCGAUUUGAAGUACUGAAGGAAAUUGGUGAUGGUAGCUUCGGCAGCGUCUGUCUGGGUAGAGUCCGGACAGCGGGUGCCAACAUUGCUCGCCGAGGUACAGUGGUUGCUAUCAAGACGAUGAAGAAAACCUUCGAGUCUUUAACACCAUGCUUGGAGCUUCGUGAAGUUGUCUUCCUUCGCACACUACCACACCACCCUCACCUUGUUCCUGCUCUCGACAUCUUCUUGGACCCCUACACUAAGAAGCUUCAUAUCGCUAUGGAGUACAUGGAGGGCAACCUCUACCAACUGAUGAAGGCUCGCGACCACAAGUGCCUUGACAACGGCAGCGUCAAGAGCAUCCUUUACCAGAUUAUGCAGGGUCUGGAACACAUCCACUCUCACCACUUCUUCCACCGCGACAUCAAGCCCGAAAACAUUCUCGUCACAACAUCCGGCCACAACGAGUCUGGCAACACAUUCCGACGAUACUCUGCUCUCGUUACUCCUCCUUCAACACCCCCCACAUACACCGUUAAGAUCGCCGACUUUGGUCUCGCCCGCGAGACGCACUCUAAGCUUCCUUACACCACUUACGUAUCUACAAGAUGGUACCGUGCUCCAGAGGUUCUUCUGCGAGCUGGCGAGUACUCGGCUCCUGUCGACAUUUGGGCCGUUGGAGCCAUGGCUGUUGAAAUUGCCACGCUCAAGCCGCUAUUCCCUGGUGGAAACGAGGUUGACCAAGUUUGGCGAGUUUGUGAGAUUAUGGGUAGCCCAGGUAACUGGUACAACAAGUCGGGCAACAGAGUUGGCGGAGGCGAUUGGCGCGAUGGCACCAGGCUCGCCGGCAAGCUGGGUUUCUCGUUCCCCAAGAUGGCUCCCCAUGCCAUGGACACGAUUUUGCAAACACCUCAGUGGCCUUCAUCUUUGGCUCAAUUUGUUACUUGGUGCUUGAUGUGGGACCCCAAGAACCGCCCAACAUCAUCUCAAGCUCUUGCCCACGAGUACUUCAUCGAUGCUGUGGACCCUACUCGACCCAAGUCUUCCGCUUCUCGAAUCCUCGGCCGCAAGCAAUCCGAUCUCAGCCGAAGCAGCAAGGAAGCUUCCACCACACCGACUUCCGUCAAGCAAUCCUGGUUCCGCAAGUCCCUCAUCGGCCGUUCUGAGAGCACCGACCUGGUCACCAUGCAGACCCAAGCAAAGGAACCCGCUGGUCCUCGUCCCGCUCCCGAACCGGUCACCGCAAAGGCUCGCCCUGCUGCUGGAAAGAGAGCCACUUGGACAAACGGCCCCUCAAAUGUGGCACCUAUGCCUAUCCUGCCUACCGCGCGACCCAUCUCGCCGAUCCCUGAUGCUGUAAAUGCCCGCGCCAACAACGCCUACGACGACGCUUACGCUAAUGGACAUGGCCAGGGCAAGACCAAGAAACUUGGCCGACAGCUCUCUGUCGCUUCAAGCACAAACAACUACACAGAAAUGCAUCGGCAACAAGCCGAACGUGCUCUCAAUGGGAAUUCUGGCCUCGCCUCCCCUCCGUCUGGACAGAAGGAGAGCUUCUUUUCACAUCUCCGAAAACGUGCGCGGCGGUUCUCUGGACGACAUCAGACCCCCGUCUCACCCUCCUAUGAUGACGACCUGGAGGCCCAGGUUGGAUGUGGCCCUUGGGCUAGCAACCGGUCGUCCAUGGUUAUUGACCAACCGCAACAACAGGCUCCCGUUCCCAAGUCCGAGGUCUACGAAUCUCUUGACAAGGCCCUCCGAGAUGUUCAGAACAACCUCGAUUCGAGACCUCCCGUUCCGCCCGCUCACCAGAUCUCGCCUACCAGCACCCUCAAGCGACAUCACUCGCUACCUCAACACCAAGCCCGGUCAGUAGACAACCUGAUCGGCGCUGCGAGGGGUGGUCCCAUCUCCAGUCGUACACGACGGGCCCAAGCCACUCAUGGUGUGCAUCAAUACGAGGCCCCUGACGAGGAAGAUGAGCUUCUGGAUGAGGCCAUGACUACAACUCAACGAGCCAUGAAGAGAAUGGAGCAGAACCAGAACAAGCCUCUACGGCAAUCAGCUAGCAACAUUGGGUUGAUGAACCCGUAUCCCACUCCCUCACCUUCCGCCAACGGCAACCAAGUAUUGUUUACUGAUGGCCAGGCUGUUACUCCCAAGCCUCUCGACCUCAACAAGAAGACAGACCAGUACAAGUGGCCUACGCCACCGUAUGAGGAGAGUGAAUGGGCAGCGUCAGCAGCAGCCAGCAUUUGGGCAGCCGGCAGUCGCUUUUAG